AUGCACUCCCGCCAUAGUGCCCUAGUCCAAUCUAGGCUCAGCAAGGGUAAAGGCCCCUUUCAUCUGGAGACGACCAAGUCGCAGCUUCUUCACAUCUCUCCGCUGAAGGACCGGCCCCAUGAACUGAUGAAGGUUUACAGAGAUUGCAAAGACCUUCUCUUGGAUCGUCAGCAAGACCCCAUCCCCAUUCCUGUUAAUCUCAAAGAUCCAAGGGUGGCACACCUAGGCCCCCCACCGAAGCCAACCCACCUACCUGCUGGAGAAGGUGCAGGGGACUCAGAUAACUGGGAACAUUACCAUCCAGACGGUUGGGAAUCGUAUCACAACGAGGCAUUCAAGGAAUGGGAAACUUACUCAACCCUUGCUUACCCACAGCCUAGGCCUUUAGCACCCGACACUCUCCCUCAUGCCGACCCAGCCAUGAGGCUUUUCUUUGAGAAGGUUCGGCGUCUAAAGGGUGAGCAACACCGCAGCCACCAGCCCCUUUGGGCGAAGCCAUGA